UAUAUUCUCCAACGUGCUGCCGCUACUUAUUUAUAUUAAACAUAAAAUGCCCGAAGGCUGUGCCAAACGCAUGUCCUUUUUGCCAAUGGUGAACGCAGUAUAGAAUCAAAUCAAGUGACCGAAAAGUAAGAAAAUAAACGAUCUGAGUUUUUUUUGUGUUGGUGUUGUGUUGUGACGAGGAAAAUACGACAUUUCGAUGAUAGUCGCAUUGCAAUAUAAAGUGCAAUAUAAAUGCUAUAGAACCGAAAGUGAACGAGGAGCCAUUGAAAUGUGAAAUUCGCAAAGAAAUCGAGAGAAAACGCACACGUCAAUGUAACCACAAAGCUGCCCCAAGAAAACAAGAAAUACAAAAACAAAAAUAAAAAAACUAACAAACUGAAAGCGCAAAAUUAAAAAAAUAACAAAAUCUCCAAGUUCGUACGAAAGCCAAAGAAUAACAAUAUUUGUACAUAAAAACACAUCAAAAUAGUAGUAGUACUAACUACAUACGGAUAGUAUAUGUAUAUAUCAAAUAUAUAUAUGUGCCCGCAGAACUAAGCAAAAAGAAAAAGAAGAGGAGGAGGACUUAAGGAAAAGCCAAAGCGAUUUCCCCGCACAUUUCCACUCGAAAGCGACUCCAGUAAAUUCUCAAAAUUGCGACCCACGCUUUUCCCAGUUCGGCGGCGUUGAACCACACUCAAAGCUGCUGCACCACCGCCAUUUCCGCUGCCAUUUCCACCAGCACCACCAUAAAUAGUAGCAGAAACACCGCUCACAGAAUGCCAGUGAAAAAGCAAGAAGCUCAUCGCGCUCUCGAGCUGCUCGAGGACUACCACGCGCGACUUUCUGAGCCGCAGGAUCGGGCGCUGCGUAUUGCAAUCGAACGCGUUAUACGCAUAUUCAAAUCUCGCUUGUUUCAAGCGCUGUUAGAUAUACAAGAAUUCUAUGAAUUGACCUUAUUGGAUGACUCGAAGAGCAUACAACAAAAGACAGCCGAGACCUUGCAAAUUGCAACCAAAUGGGAGAAGGACGGCCAGGCAGUCAAAAUAGCCGAUAAUCAGCGCAUGCGCAUCGAAUCGGAUACGGAAAAUGCCAAGGAGCCAACGGCCGAGCAGCAGCAGCAGCAGCAGGCGCAGCAGCGCAGUUCCCGCUCCCCGCAGCAGCAGAAUCCGCAGCAGCCGCAGCAGCAGCAGGGAUCCAAAUCCAGGAGCGGGUCCCAGACUGUAAAUGGCGAUGACAGUUGGUUAUACGAGGACAUUCAGCUGGAGCGCGGCAACUCCGGAUUGGGCUUCUCCAUUGCCGGCGGUACGGAUAAUCCGCACAUCGGCACCGACACCUCCAUCUACAUCACCAAGCUCAUUUCCGGCGGAGCAGCGGCCGCCGAUGGACGGCUGAGCAUCAACGACAUCAUCGUAUCGGUGAACGAUGUGUCCGUGGUGGAUGUGCCACACGCCUCCGCCGUGGAUGCCCUCAAGAAGGCCGGAAAUGUGGUCAAGCUGCAUGUGAAGCGAAAACGUGGAACGGCCACCACACCGGCAGCGGGAUCGGCAGCAGGAGAUGCACGCGAUAGUGCGGCCAGCGGACCGAAGGUCAUCGAAAUCGAUCUGGUCAAGGGCGGCAAGGGACUGGGCUUCUCCAUUGCCGGCGGCAUUGGCAACCAGCACAUCCCCGGCGACAAUGGCAUCUAUGUGACCAAGUUGAUGGACGGCGGAGCAGCGCAGGUGGACGGACGUCUCUCCAUUGGAGAUAAGCUGAUUGCAGUGCGCACCAAUGGGAGCGAGAAGAAUCUGGAGAACGUAACGCACGAACUGGCGGUGGCCACGUUGAAGUCGAUCACCGACAAGGUGACACUGAUCAUCGGGAAGACGCAGCACCUGACCACCAGUGCGUCCGGCGGCGGAGGAGGAGGCCUUUCAUCCGGACAGCAGUUGUCGCAGUCCCAAUCGCAUCUGGCCACCAGCCAGAGCCAAAGUCAGGUGCAUCAGCAGCAGCAUGCGACGCCGAUGGUCAAUUCGCAGUCGACAGGUGCGCUAAAUAGUAUGGGACAAACGGUUGUCGAUUCACCAUCAAUACCACAAGCAGCCGCAGCCGCAGUAGCAGCAGCAAAUGCAUCUGCAUCUGCAUCAGUCAUUGCAAGCAACAACACAAUCAGCAACACCACAGUCACCACAGUCACGGCCACGGCCACAGCCACAGCCACCAACAGUAGCAGCAAGUUGCCGCCGUCGCUUGGCGCUAACAGCAGCAUUAGCAUUAGCAAUAGCAAUAGCAACAGCAACAGCAAUAAUAUCAACAACAGUAAUAGCAUCAACAACAACAGUAGCAGCAGCACGACGGCAACUGUUGCAGCAGCAGCACCAACAGCAGCAGCAUCAGCAGCAGCAGCAGCAUCUCCACCCGCCAACUCCUUCUAUAACAAUGCUUCCAUGCCCGCCCUGCCUGUCGAAUCCAAUCAAACAAACAACCGAUCCCAAUCACCCCAGCCGCGCCAGCCCGGCUCGCGAUACGCCUCUACAAAUGUCCUAGCCGCUGUUCCGCCAGGAACUCCACGCGCAGUCAGCACCGAGGAUAUAACCAGAGAACCGCGCACCAUCACCAUCCAGAAGGGACCGCAGGGCCUGGGCUUCAACAUUGUUGGCGGCGAGGAUGGCCAGGGUAUCUAUGUGUCCUUCAUCCUGGCCGGCGGCCCAGCGGAUCUCGGCUCGGAGCUGAAGCGUGGCGAUCAGCUGCUCAGCGUGAACAAUGUCAACCUCACGCACGCCACCCACGAAGAGGCGGCCCAGGCGCUCAAGACUUCUGGCGGUGUGGUGACCCUGUUGGCGCAGUACCGCCCAGAGGAGUACAACCGCUUCGAGGCACGCAUCCAAGAGUUGAAACAGCAGGCUGCCCUCGGUGCCGGCGGAUCGGGAACCCUGCUGCGCACCACGCAGAAGCGAUCGCUGUAUGUGCGCGCCCUGUUCGACUACGAUCCCAAUCGGGAUGAUGGAUUGCCCUCGCGAGGAUUGCCCUUCAAGCACGGCGAUAUCUUGCACGUGACCAAUGCCUCCGACGACGAAUGGUGGCAGGCACGACGAGUCCUCGGCGAUAACGAGGACGAGCAAAUCGGUAUUGUGCCAUCGAAAAGGCGUUGGGAGCGCAAAAUGCGAGCUAGGGAUCGCAGCGUUAAGUUCCAGGGACAUGCGGCUGCCAAUAAUAAUCUGGAUAAGCAAUCGACAUUGGAUCGAAAGAAAAAGAAUUUCACAUUCUCGCGCAAAUUUCCGUUUAUGAAGAGUCGCGAUGAGAAGAAUGAAGAUGGCAGCGACCAAGAGCCCAAUGGAGUUGUGAGCAGCACCAGCGAGAUUGACAUCAAUAAUGUCAACAACAACCAGUCGAAUGAACCGCAACCCUUUAUGCUUUGCUACACACAAGACGAUGCCAAUGCUGAAGGAGGCGAGAUUAUCUACAGGGUGGAGUUACCCGAUAUGGAGCAGAUAACUCUGAUCUACUUGGAGAAUAAUGAUGCUGACUAUCCUUCCGAGGAGAACGUGUUGUCCUACGAGGCCGUGCAGCGUUUGUCCAUCAAUUACACGCGUCCGGUGAUUAUUCUGGGACCCCUGAAGGAUCGCAUCAACGAUGACCUAAUAUCCGAGUAUCCCGACAAGUUCGGCUCCUGUGUGCCACACACCACCCGACCCAAGCGGGAGUACGAGGUAGAUGGUAGGGACUACCACUUUGUAUCCUCUCGCGAGCAAAUGGAGCGGGAUAUCCAGAACCAUCUGUUCAUCGAGGCGGGCCAGUAUAACGACAAUCUAUACGGCACAUCCGUGGCCAGCGUGCGCGAAGUGGCAGAGAAGGGCAAGCACUGCAUCCUGGACGUGUCCGGGAACGCCAUCAAGCGACUCCAAGUGGCCCAGCUGUAUCCCGUCGCCGUGUUCAUCAAGCCCAAGUCGGUGGACUCAGUGAUGGAAAUGAAUCGUCGCAUGACGGAAGACCAGGCCAAGAAGACUUACGAGCGGGCGAUUAAAAUGGAGCAAGAAUUCGGCGAAUACUUUACGGGCGUUGUCCAGGGCGAUACCAUUGAGGAGAUCUACAGCAAAGUGAAAUCGAUGAUUUGGUCCCAGUCGGGACCAACCAUUUGGGUACCUUCCAAGGAAUCUCUAUGACCAACAGCCACCACAACUUGGACACUGCCGCCUCGAGUUCGAUGUCGACCGGUCUCGAGAACAACAAUAGGAGCAACAGCAGCAGCAACAAAUCAGCAGCCGCAGCAGAAGACGCCGCACUGAUGAUGCAUCACAGUAACAACAGAUACUAAUACAACUACAACAACAACAGCAACCACAGCAGCAGCCACAGCGACAACAACAACACUGACAACGACAGAAAACGGAUACGGAUACGAACACGUAUCCACGGACUAGAAACUUGACCACAGACAGAACAAAUUUAUAACGACGCAGCCGCAGCAGCCAACUUAAUGUAGCAAAUUGUCCAAAGCAAUUUUUUUUUGGAUGCACUCAUUGAUGUACGAUUAGUUUAGGAGAACGUACAUCCACCAGCUAAACGAUGAUGAAAAUGAGCGAACAUCAGAGUAAAGCAUUUGGCAUUUGGCAUAUGAGAUGAGAUGAUGGGUGUUCAAAACUGUAGCGGACAAAGGUGUAUAGUUUUUAGUUAGAACAAAGUUGGAUAUAAACAAAAGAAGCGAAAUAUAAUAAAAUAUAUAUAUUUAUAUAUAUAUAUAUAUCAAUAUAUAUAUAUAUAUACACCACUUAUAUAGACUAAGAUCCGAUUAUAAAAGCAUAGAGUCGAGCGAAGUUGAGGGCUUUCAGGAGUUCGUUAAGCGCUAGAGUGUUGUUUGUUUAUGUUGAUGUUUAUAUACGAGAGCCAAGAGUUAUAGCGAGUUAGUUAUGUUGACGAUAAUGUGUUUUUUUGAUAUAUAUUGACCUAUAUGAAUAUGUAAACAUGCAGGCACAGGCACCCAUGCACACCGAUGUUUUGCCGGUGAUAGUGAUGUUGAGGCACAAGUGCAUUGCAUUGCAUGGUGGUUAACUUUAAGUACGACAAUGUUUAGUAGCUGACUACGAAUAAUGACGACGAUGACGGGACGCAGAUGCGGAUGCGGAUGUGAAUGCGAAUGCGGUUACGGUUGCGGAUCUAGCGGAUAGUCAGAGAAUGACGAUAACGAUUUACGAUUACGAUCUAAUGAUAAUGAUAAUGAUAAAAUAUAUAUAUUGAUGAAUAUUGACGCUAAUAACGAUGGAGGGAUGAAAAACGUUGGUGCAUUUGUUGUUAGAUGUAUGUAAUUUUUCCCACUCGCCUUUGCCUAAAAGCAACACAAAAUUAAAACAAACAAGAACUAUAUAAAAUGAGGAUAAUGAAAAUCAAUAAACAUUUAUCAGCGUA